ACCACGUUGGCUACGUCGGGAAAUAGACGCCAGGACUAGGAGGCUGGGCCGCUGCCGAAUUGAGUUUCCCGCGUUAGGAGAAGUGAAGUGAGCGGCUCUGAGGUGUUGGAGACCGUGGGUGAACAUCUACGUAAUGUUAUUUUAAGCCUGCUGGGAGUUGUAGUCUUGCAACAGCUGGAGGCACCCAGGCUGGGUUUCUAUGGUUAAAUACUAUGCCGCCUCGCAAGAAAGAAGGGGCAGCGCCAGCUGCCAAGAAAGCGCCAGCUGCCAAGAAAGCGCCAGCUGCCAAGAAAGCGCCAGCUGCCAGGAAAGCACCAGCUAAGCACAAGUUGGCAGAAGAGUUUCCACAAGGAGAAAUCCUCACGGAUUCAUCAAAAAAGCAGUGGAAAUUGGGAUUGCCCAUCGGCCAGGGAGGAUUUGGACGUCUUUAUCUUGCGGAUGAAAACUCUUCUAAAACUGUAGGACCCGAUGCUCCUUAUGUCAUUAAAGUGGAACCAAGUGACAAUGGACCCCUCUUCUCUGAACUGAAAUUUUACAUGCGAGCUGCCAAACCGGACAUGAUUCAAAAAUGGACAAGCAGUCGUAAAUUAAAAUACCUUGGUGUACCCAGAUACUGGGGUUCUGGGCUGCAUGACAAAAAUGGAAGAAGUUACAGGUUCAUGGUAAUGGAUCGUUUUGGGAAAGACCUACAAAAAAUAUUUGAAGAAAAUUCAAAGCGAUUCUCACACACAACUGUUCUGCAGUUAGGACUGAGACUGAUUGAUAUUUUAGAGUAUACACAUGAGCAUGAAUACGUUCACGGAGAUAUCAAAGCCUCCAAUCUUCUCCUGCAUCAUAAACAUCCAGAUCAGGUGUUCUUGGUCGAUUAUGGCCUUACCUACAGAUACUGUCCAGAAGGUGUUCACAAGGAAUAUAAAGAAGAUCCCAGGAAAGCUCAUAAUGGCACAAUAGAGUUUACAAGUAUAGAUGCUCACAAAGGAGUUAGUCCUUCCAGAAGAGGAGACUUGGAAAUUCUCGGUUAUUGCAUGAUUCAGUGGUUGUGCGGGAAACUUCCCUGGGAAGACAAACUGACCGACCCAGAAUAUGUUGCAAACUCAAAAAUAAGGUAUGGUGAUGAAGUUUCAACUCUUAUUGACGCUUGUUUCCCAGGGAAGAAGAAACCAGAUGAGCUUGCCAAAUACAUGAAGGCUGUUUCAGAACUCUGCUAUGCGGAUAAACCUUCUUAUCAGCAGUUAAGAGACAUACUUUUACAAGGUCUGAAAGCUCUGGGCGCCAAGGCUGAUGGGAAGCUGGACUUCUCUUCAGUUGAGAAUGGAGGUGUUCCUGUAAAGGCCCAGAAGCGAAAGUUGCCUAAGGCCGCUGAUGAGGAUGAGGCUGAAGCUGAAGAAUUUGAAGUGAAAAAGAAAGUUCCUAGAGGCCGCCCUGCAAGAGCUGCUGCUGCCGCUGCUUCUCCAAAGCCGGCACCAAAGGCAAGAGGAAGAGUGAAAAAACUGUAAUGUUAUGUCGUGUUUUUUUACGUGUUUUUAUGUUUUUUGUUUGAGAAAAUUCAGAUGUCCAUAAUCUUUUGAGAAUAAACAUUUUAUCAUUCA